UCCAAGAUCAGAAUUACUUAAUUAGGAAUACAACAGAUACCUACAGUAUUGCAUUAGAUUCAGACUCCAUGCUACUUCCUUUGAAUUUGAUCAGGUUUUUAUCUUGUUCCUCAGGCAUUGAGAAAGCCCUAUCCAGACCAGGGCCCGAUGUAGUUAUUUGUGAUGAAGGCCACCGCAUAAAGAAUUGCCACGCCAGUACCUCUCAGGCCUUAAAGAGCAUCCGUUCACGACGGCGGGUGGUGCUGACUGGAUAUCCGCUUCAGAACAACCUCACGGAGUACUGGUGCAUGGUUGACUUUGUCCGGCCUGACUUCCUAGGCACCAGGCAAGAGUUUAGCAACAUGUUCGAGCGGCCCAUCCUGAAUGGGCAAUGUAUCGACUCGACGCCACAAGAUGUUCGGUUGAUGCGUUAUCGAAGUCAUGUUUUACACAGCCUGCUGGAAGGAUUUGUUCAAAGGCGAGGCCAUGAUGUUUUAAGAGGUCAUCUUCCUGACAAAGAAGAACAUGUGUUACUAGUCCGUCUCUCCAAAAUCCAGCGAUCGCUCUACACAGAAUUUAUGGAUCGUUUUAGAGAUGCAGGGAACAGUGGGUGGCUGGGGCUCAACCCUCUGAAAGCAUUUUGUGUCUGCUGUAAGAUCUGGAACCAUCCAGAUGUUCUCUAUGACGCACUGCAGAAGGAGAACCUGGCCAAUGAUCCAGAUUUGGACCUUGAGGUAAAUGACAUGAAUGCAGGUACACCGAAUGCACGGGCUCUGCCAAUUGGAAGUAAAAGGAAAACAGAGAGCAUGGCUGCUACGUUAGACUCCACAAACAGCAAGUUUACCCAGAAUGUUGGAUUCAACCAUUUUCAGGAAAAGGCCAACCAAGUCAUCACAUAUGAUUGGGCUAAGGAUAUAUUGGCAAACUACCAACCAGGUUUGCUAGAGAAUUCUGCAAAAAUGGUGCUGUUGUUUGAACUAAUUGAAGAGAGCUUAAAACUCGGUGACAAGAUCCUGGUGUUUAGCCAGAGCCUUUCCACACUCUCUGCAAUUGAAGAAUUUCUUGGAAAGAAACAGAUGCCAGCAAAAAUUGGCUCCGAAGAGCCCCCACAACCUUGGAUCCGGAAUGUGAACUACUAUCGGCUGGAUGGAAGCACCUCAGUUUCGGAGCGAGAACGUCUGAUCAACCAGUUCAAUGAUCCGCGCAACAUCAAAGCCUGUCUUUUCCUGCUGUCAACUCGAGCUGGAUGCUUGGGAAUCAACUUGGUUGGAGCCAAUCGAGUAGUAGUAUUUGAUGCAUCUUGGAACCCAUGUCAUGAUGCUCAGGCCGUGUGUCGUGUGUACCGUUACGGUCAAAGAAAGCCUUGUUAUAUUUAUCGGCUGGUGUCUGACUACACGCUUGAGAAGAAGAUCUAUGACCGGCAGAUCUCCAAGCAGGGCAUGUCAGAUCGUGUUAUUGAUGAUCUAAACCCAAUGCUUAAUUUCACCCGGAAGGAAGUGGAAUCCCUCCUGCAUUUUGUAGAGGAAGAACCUGUUUCAGGAGAUACAAGCUUUGAGACAGAUAAAUUAUGUGAUGAAGUGAUUCACAAAGCAUGCGCCAAACAUAAAUAUCUUGUCACCAAGCCUCCUUUUCAGCAUGAGUCCCUGCUAACGGAUCGCAAAGAGUACAAGCUGACCAAGGCGGAAAAGAAGGCUGCGAAGAAGAGUUAUGAGGAUGAGAAACGAGCAUCAGUCCCAUAUACCAGACCAUCCUACGCCCAAUAUUACCCAACCAGUGACCAGAGCCUUACCAAUAUCCCCAUCUUUAGCCAGCGGCAUUGGAGAGGCGCAAUCAAGGGAUUAGACGAGAAGCCUGUGGCUAGUGUUCGGCCAGUACAGUCAACACCGAUUCCCAUGAUGCCAAGGCAGGUUCCAAGUGGAAUGGGAAUUCCUAGUACAGGAUUUGGUCCUGUAUUUUCCGUUGGGCACCUCCAACGAGCUGGUGUUGUGGUGCAGAAAAUUGUCACUACCACAGAUAUCAUUAUUCCUGGAACAAAUACAUCAACUGAUGUCCAAGCAAGAAUUAAUGCUGGUGAAAGCAUCCAUGUAAUCAGGGGAACCAAAGGGAUGUACAUCCGCACAUGUGAUGGAAGGAUAUUUGCCGUCCGCAUGGGCAAUAAACCUAAAGUGGCCGAGGGAAAUUAUGCAGUGGCAUCAGGCUCGCAGGGAGCAGCCCUCAAUGUAGCAGCCAUCAAAGGUCACAGCUCCAGCUCACCGGAUCAGUCACAGAAGGGCUUGUCUCCAGAUGAAAUAGCACGGCCUCUUUCCCCGGACAGCCCGGAGAUAAUAAGUGAGCUCCAGCGCUACGCCGAGGCGGCUGCAGCCAGAGAGUCUGGAGACCGGCCUGGUAUCGUCACCAACACGCAGGGGGAUCAUGGCAAGCUGAGGCAGGCCCAGCCAUCGGACCAGCUCAUGGGGGUCAGCAGCCCAGCAUCGGCCUGCACGGCCUCCUUGAACCUGCCCUCGGCGAGCAUCUAUGCUGACUGGACCUCCAGUGCAUUUGGGAUGAACGGCAGGGGCGGCAAGCGGAAGUCUUCCUCGCCUUCGUUGGAGGAUCACGCCCGGAAGCAAAGACACUCGAUGCCGAUGCAGAGUUAUUCGCUCCCCGCCGGCUUUAACCUGUCAUCUAUCGGCCUCAGCCCCGAGAUUCCCGGGUUGGCCGCUAAUUGUCCGACUCUCUUGAACCCCUUGUACGGCACAGGGAGCCCCUACUACACCCUGCCCAGUUUGCUGGGGGACACGCGGCUGAUGUACCCCAUGACUACUGACCCGCGUCUUGCUGCUAGCUCGGCUGGCCGUGCCGUCCCUACCUCAGCGACCGGAGCUUCGGUGCCCUUCAUGCUCAACCCCACCUCGGCAGUGUCCACGGGCCUGCUUCCCGGCCUGCCUCACCACUUUGCCCACUCUCCGCUCAGUGAGCCUCGCAUGUUCGCUCCAUAUCCAGUGCCCCUACUCACCAACAGUCUGCCGGCCAACGCGGACCAACCCAGCAGAGUCUUUGUGCCAUCAUCGUCGUCAUCCUCGUCUUCCGGAUACUCUGCUCAGGAGCUCCUUGGCACCACAGUUCCCCAGUUGGACUUGCCUCUGGGGUUGGAUGCCACUGGCAACUCGGAUGACGAUGUCAUCGAGGUCACAAGCAGUAACUUGGGCUGACCAACCCACAAGGGACAAGGCUGUUAUCCAAAUCUUUUUAAAUGAUUAAAUAAAGAAACGUGUCACUUUCCCAAAUUUUAUGGCCGACCACCAUUGUAAAUGUUGCCUUUUUUAAAGUUUUUUUUAAAUUAUUGGCCAAGUUUUUUAAAAUAAAACUUUCAGCUGAAUUUUUUUUUUAGUUUUCUUGCCUGGAAGAUGCUUUUGCCUACAAUUGAGAAUUUAACAGAAAUCUGGUUUCAACAGAGAGGUGCAGUUGUUUCUGUUUGAGUGGUGGGCACAUUUGUUUAAAGAGCAAUAUGACAAUAACUUGUUUAAAGGGGGAGUGUAUCUUAAAAAGGGACUUUUACAUCUAUAUGUCUGAAUGUGUCAUGUAAAUUUGAUGCUAACACAUUUGUAGAUACGUUUGUGUUUCAGGAAAAGCUUUGAUAACAGCUUGUGAGCAGAACAAACAGUGCUUGAUAUUUUCAAUGAGCAGGUAACAGGAGGGAGCAUUGCAUCAGUAUUAAGUUGGAAUGAUACUGCAGAAUUGAAAGAUUUAUUUUGCUCAGGUCAUGAUACAGAGCAGAGUUCCAUGGAUGAAAAGCUUGGGGAGAUGGUGAGCUAGCAAGCUCUGACUGGAUAGAAUUUGUUUGAAAAACUGACCAGAUACCAGCCCUCGGUGGGCUUAACAGAGGAAUGCAUCAGGCAGUGCAGUCCUGAGCCACACACUAGAAGCCAGCAGGCUUUGUGCCCAAUCUGCAGGGCAAAAUGAUAUCCAACAGUUGUUUUGACUCCUUGGAUUUGAAAGAAGAACAAAAAAAUGGCUUCUUGUCUCAUAUUCCCACCUCUGAGCCACUCAAGAAUUGAAUUUGUGUGAAACAGGACAGGGAGAAAACUUGAAGGGUGGGAAAUUAAGCUGAGAGAGGACCAUCUCACUGAAUGUUCGCUUCCGCCAUUAACUUGAGUGCCUGUGGAGGAAUCUUUUACUGUUCCAUAAAUAUGGCAGGUGACCCUAAGUUUGAUUACAGAUUCUCAUUUAAGUUCUAAGAGUUACCAUGAAACACAAUUCUUGUCCCCACAUGAACUGUUAAAUUUGGAAUUCAUAAAAUGUUCUUUUCUCGGAUUGGGUUUGUGUGAUGCUGUUAAGUGUUUGGCAAAGUUCUUCCAUGGAUGCAAAGUGGGAAGUACCUUGUGUUAAAGUGACGUUUUAUGCAGAAUAUUUUGUUUAUUAGCCUGGGCACAUUACAGUGGUCGAAUCAUCCAGCUGGAAGAACACACAAACUGUGCCAGCUGGAAGUCUGCAGUGAAUUACUUCAUUCAGGUCAAGUUCAGACUUUCUGAGAUAUAAAAAUAUUAAACCAGACAACUUUUAGAAGAAUUUCCAGGUUAAGGUUUGGUUUAAAAUUUAACGGCAGCAUUAUUAUUGCUUUUUUUCCUUGAAAGUAAAUUACACCUUUAACUUAUUUAUGGACUUGGGUAUUUAUUAUCACAAGUGUAACUAAAUUCAUAUGUCUUGGAGGGAAAAGAAAACGGGGAUGAUAAUUCUGACCAAAGUUCAGCUGACAUUUGGACCAAUGUAGUCAGACCAAAAAUAUUCUGGCUCCAAGGGUUAAACAAGGCACAACAGAUGAGUGUUAGAACCAUCUGUCAUCAGUCUUGACCCAUUUCAAGACAUGGAGGAGGUGAUUUUCCAACAAUUUAUCUCAAAUGUUUUGUACAUUUUUAGUUAAGUGUGGUGAAGCAUCUUUCCGUCCUUAGAUUAAUGACUCUGCAUUGCAUUAAUGCAAUUGAUUGUGGGUCACUGAUCUGAUAUAUGCUGUUGCAUUUUUACCUGAAGUCACCUUGCCAGUCAGCUGUAAGUCAGAGCUUGUUCUCCUUAUGAUGCAGGUGGCACCUUUGACCAGUUCUCAGAAAAGUUCAUAAGGAUGCCACAGGAGUAUUGCACAGCUGUAGUUGGCAUUGUGUAGUCACCGGAGGGGACAAAUAGCUGCAAGCAGUGUCCCCUUUUUAGCCCAGUUUAGCCUUGUUUUAGCCCAGCUUCAAACUGCGUCUCACUUCAAUGGACACCCUAUUUUAACACUAAAAAAAAUAAUUAAGUAUCCUAUCCAUUACAAAUCCUUCAUUGAAAUAAUUCUCCCUCCUACCUCCCCAUUCCUGUUUUCCAAAGACACUAAUUCGCACUCUGAAGUAUAGACCAUACGGACAAACAACACCCAAUUAUUUAACCAGUUGGCAGUCAUUGAUGAACAUUGGAAAAAUAUUUGACCAUGAAAUGUAGCACUAAACUUUGUGUUAAUCAAUUGAAAGGCACCCAGAAUCUCUGAGAAAUAUAACUUGAACUAACUUAAAAAAACAUUAAUCUAAAUAGGUUGGUCUGAGGCAAUGAGCUAAAUCCUUACACUGACUGAGAUGCAGGUUUCCUCUGAGUGUGCAGUAUUGUGAAGCCUGAGACAAGUGGCCUUGAUGUGAACCAGCACUAUUCAAUCCCCUGUUAAGCAGCCAGGAAGUUUGCUUUCAGUUUAACACGAAGUGUUCCUGCUGCCAUGAUGCUAACCUUGACCGUCUGCUUCUGGAAGUCAGUUUUCACACUGUCAUUAAAACCAAAAUGAAUUGCAUCAUUUUGGAAAUACCAGCCGUGCACCAAUUCUGCCCCAGGUAUUUUAGUUUCUGCAAUAAUCUUCCUCCUCCCUCUAAUUUCCCCAUCACAGUCCCCUCCUCUUUCCUCUCGGAACCACAGUCUUUAAUGGGAUUGGUGACAUCUAUGAAAACCCUUGGUUCACUUUCUGAUUGUGAGCAGGCGAGAACACUCAGGCUGACUUCAGCAUACGUCUGUUUCAUUUCUUAAACAUAAAUCAAAAUAGUUUAGCUGGAAAUUGCUAGAAUGUGGUUUGAUUAAUUGGUAUGUCAUUCUGACCUGCACUGAAUCUAACUUCAAAUAAGUAUUUAUUUUUGUCUUUAUUGAUUUCCUUUCAAUCCCCAGACACCUAUCUAGCAUGUAUUGCCAUAUGAAAUAAACAAGAUUAAUUGAUAGAAGCCUUAGAAACAUUAGCUAUGCAAGUUUUGAUUUCUUACUUUUUUUUUGUUCAAGCAUAUCACAAAAAAUAUUAGUGAGCGGCCUUUAAUAAACUCCAAUCAAGGCACCACCAUCUGUCAGCCUGCGAUAGUGGUUAUCAACUUUCCAAAGACUUGAAAGACUUUAUUUUCUUUAUAACAUCCCUUUAACUAUUGUGUCCUGUGUUAAUGUAAGACGUGAAAUGGAAGUGUUGGCAAGAGAGUGGGUGAAAGUGCAUCACUGUGAUCUUGUCAUUCUCGUAACUUGGACUAUUUUGUGUUUAACCUGAUAGCUGAAUAAUUGUCUGGAUUUGCUGGUAGGCUGUAGUGACCAUGAGAACCUUGGAGAUUUGGUUCUGACUAAGCUUCCAUUGUAGCACCCAGCGCAUUGAGUAUUACUUUAAACUGGAAACUUUUGAGGAGCCAGACUAUUCAUUUGUAAAGAUUCUCAAAUCUAUUGACUGCAUUCUGUGACAGUGGGAGUAAAUUUAUGUAUGUAUGGAACAUCAAAUAAUGCUGCAUAUUAAUGAUGAGACCUUCUGUUUCUGAUCAUACACUGCCAUUAUUCAUAUUAUUUUUAUCCCUUUGUUCUAGUCAAGUCGAUCUGAUGAGUUCUAAUAACUUGCAUGGUGAAAUGGUCAGGAGGUAAAUUUGGAUGAAGUGUGGGUGGAUUGUUGUUGAAUCUAAAAGUAUGUGUGACUUCACAAGAGCCUUGUCUUUUCUGUGAAAGUGUACGUGCUUGCACAGUCCUGUGCUUUAAAAAAAAUAGCUGGCUGUCCUUAGUAAUAGCUACAUUCUACAUCUUUAACAGUUUUGAAUCCAGUUACCAGGAAGAGUGGAGGUUGGCCUUUAAUCGUACGGAUUCAUUAUAUUAUUAGACAGAUUACAUCUACAGCUCCUGGAUGCCAUCAGGUUCCCUUUCCAGACUCUAAUUCACCUCCAGGUUUUGUGUUGCAAAUUUAUUCACAGAGAUGUUUAUUGAGCUCAGUGCAAUGCAAAUCCUGCCCCAAAGUGAACAUCAGACAGAUGGCACUGUGUAAAUAUCAUGAUUUCCUUGCACUUUUAGAUGGGGCAGCAGGGAAAUGGUAACAUGCCACCAUCUUCAGUGUGUCUGUCUGUAUUCUUUCCUCCCAGUCUGUACUGUUCAGUGCUUCCAUUGCUUUCAUUGAUAAAUGGUUGAGUGUAUUGCAACUACUUGAAAAGCGGUGUGCUGUCUUCUGCCGCUGGUGUGGACAAGAUCCUGCCAGUUUCUUUCCUUCCUUUAUUAAAUGUAGAAAUGGGCUUGACUGCAUUGUAUUCAAACCCCAGAGAUUGUUACCAGUAGGAAUGAAGGGAGUCUAUGCUGCUAACCACCGUUCUGAAAACUGCUGUCUGGAUAUGUGCAACGGGUACAAAAUAGAAAAGAUCUCUUAUGCUGUGACAAGUGCAAUGGAAAUGGUACUGUUGCUGCAUCAGGCAGACCUGUAAAGGGUGCCCUUGUGAUUUUGCCCCAUACCAGGAGACAAAACUGCAAGUUUAUUCAUUCUUUACCCCAUCUCUUCUGCCAACUUCUCCCUCCCUUCCCCCAUACAGAAAAUAAAUUUGUUGUUUAUAAAAAGAAACCAUUUUUUGUAAUUCAGUGUUACCAAUCUGUAAACUGCCUAAUGGACCUCUUGUUCUGUUUUUUUUAUUUUGAAAAUGAAAUAAAGUCUAGAGCAUUUUGUGUUUUAGUAGAUAUGUCUUUUACCUAAGUGUCUGUGUGAGAAUGUUCCUGAAGUAAGUUGUGUACUUUGCUGCAUAAUUUAUGAUAAACACACCACUUAUUUUGUCAGGAAAUUUCUGCUUGUAGCCUCGACUUUAUAGUGUGCGUAUAAAAUAAACAACCAGUUUUCAAUA